AUGGAAAGCAGUCCAUACCGAGAUAAGCAAAAACCAUCAAAAUCUCAAGCCCAGCAACGGCGGCAAAUGGAAAACUACGAGUUCUCUCAAUUAGCGAAAGAACUUCCAUUGGCUAGAGCAAUUUCAGGACAACAUAUUGAUAAAACAACAAUGGUUCGACUCGCAACUGCCUACAUCAAGCUAUACAACAUAUUCGGUCAAUCAAGAAGAGCAUACAGCUCUGCAGAUUACUACUAUGGAAGUGAUUCCCAUUGGACCAAUAAUCAUUUGGAUCUACUCGAUGGAUUCUUUGUGAUUCUGGAUCGUCGUGGAGAUGUUCUUUAUAUAAGCGAAACGAUUAGCAUUUAUUUGGGACUGUCACAAGUUGAAAUGACAGGAAAUCCAAUGGUAGAAUAUAUCCACGAACAAGAUAUCAAUUGCUUCAAUUCCGCAUUAAACUACUGUGAUCGUUACUGGCCUCAAAUGUGCAAUGUCCGAGUGAAAUCUAGUCUAACCAAACGAGCGAAUAAAGAUGCAGUACGUGCAUCGCCUGGCUACAAAGUGCUUCGUCUUGAAAUCACAAUGGGACCCAAUCCAAAUACCCGAAUGAUUGCUUGUUACCCUAUGCCUACACCUGUUUUAUCUACAGUAACCAUAUCUUCCAAUUCGUUUGUUAUCAUCACUUCAAUAGAUCUUCGUGUUACUUAUGCUGAUGAAAAAGCUCAUCAACUUCUCAGAAAUACUUUUUUUCCUGAUUCAAAUAUCAAAGGAUUGUCUUUCUAUAACCUUAUUGACGUCGGAGAUUCUGAAGUAAUUUCCAAAAUGCACUUUGAUAUUUUCAAUUUGGGAGCUUAUAAGACUCCAUACUAUCGGAUGAUUCUCAAUCAAACUAGCAGCACUUUUUACGUUGAAUCAAAUAUUUUCCGUCAUACAUGUAUUUCUUCGAAACAAUUCAAUGACUCGAUCACAUUUGUUUCCUCAAUUCUAUGA